CAGACUGCGACUCCAAAAAUGGUGCAUAAGUGUAUAAACAACACAGAUCUCUCCCCUGUCAGCUCCUGCACACUUUGUAUAGCUCUGCAUAGCAGAGCCAUACAAAGCACACACAGCCUCAUAGUAAAACAGCACACAGUUAACCCUUUAAUCGCCCCUCAUGUUAACCCCUUCCUGCCUAGUGCCAUUAGUACAGUGUCAGUGCUUUUUAUUAGCACUGAUCACUGUACUGGUGUCACUGGAGAUGUCAGUGACACCAAGUCAGUUCCCCCCAGUGUCAGAAUGCCUGCCACAGUCCUGCUAUAAGUCGCUGA